UCUUCAGUUCUGACGGAAAAGAUCAAUGAGUUACUGAGGCUGGUAGUCUUCCGGUCCUUUCCUAGCUCUCCGCGACAUUCCCAGAGCGCCAGCCGUGUCCUUACGUGGGGAGGGAAGGAGAAAGCUCCUUUCUUCUCCGGUCCGACUGGCGCUGUUGCUGUUUUCUAAUCUGUUGUGCCCACUUCAGGUGUCAAGUCUCGGUUAGGAAGAUCGACCUUUGGCACAGCAGGUUUCAUUCUGCGGAUAUUUCGGCUUCUCUGAGCGGUGUCUUCAAGUGCAUCAAAGUACAGACUUACCGCAACUCAGUCCUGCCCCCUCCUCAGUCCGAUUCGAAACAGAAAUUGCAUUAGAAUUGCUGCUGCUGAGGCAUUCCCCCUUGACGCUCUUCCUUUGAAUUUACGGUUCAAGGGAUUAUUAACUAAUGUCAGCACCAUCAAUGAAGGAAAGGCAAGCAUGCUGGGAAGCACGGGAUACGUUCUGGAAGUGCUUAGAUGAAAAUAUGGAAGAUACAUCCAAAUGUGAUAAGUCUAGGUUCACUUUUGAAAGUUUAUGUCCACAGCAGUGGGUAAAAUACUUCAAUAGAAGAAGAGAGUAUUUAAGAUACAAAGCUAAACUAGAAGCAGGACAAUUUCAGCCUUCAGAGACUGCUGAGAAGUCAUAGCUACUCAGUCCCUUUUCUGGGUUCUUCAUCCAUAAAAUGUUUGCAGAAGAAAAGCACCUAUGUGCCACCAGGCUUUUUUGAAUCAAAAAGACAACCAAUCAUGUGAUGGCUAGAAUGUUUGUGUGUUGUCUGCUCUGGUGAGGAGAGAGCUGUUCUGUAAAUAAAACUUCUAAAGAUAUAGUUGUUUCUA